UUGUAGUAGUUUAAGAGUCGUCUGAUUGGUGCAUUGAGAAUUGGAUAAUGCGAAUCCAGCCGAUAGCAAUCAUAAGCACGUGAUCCUCUCGAAAUGAGUUUAUAAAUAAUCUUAACUUCUUACUAAAUUUAUUUGUCAGAGCUAAUGCAGUAAGACACUUGACUUUUUAAUGGUCCUGUAGUUUAUAACCUAUUGACAUCAAUAGGAUGAGCUUGAUGUGUCUAUUUACAUGUUAAUAGCAGACUGGCCCACAUUUAAAAAAUGGUCCGGCCCUUCUGGCAUUUGCCAAAAUUGCCAGAUGGCCAGUCCAACCCUUGCAGUUUUCAGCAUUCCAGCACUAUGAAUCUCCCUCAGGGUGAGUAAAUGGCAUCUUUUAUUUUUGAGUGAGCUAUCGCUUUGUGUUUAAGAGAUAGUGUGACUGAAAGUUAACAUGCUAAUAAGUCACACCCCAAACCAAAGAUGACACCUCAUUGGUCAGAGCUCUAUUGGGGGAGGGAAAAAACCUUAACACAAAAACUCUCUACAGUUUAAACAGAGAGCCGUUCACUGCAGACUCGGAUGGAAUGAGACCAGAUAGCAGCAAACUUUCCCAUCUACAUCUACUUUUCUUUCUUUGUAACCCUCUUUCUGUUCAGACUCUGAAGCGACAUCUGGAUUUUACUUCUGCGGGAAUUACAUGACAAGGAAAUCACGAUCAUAAUUAUGGAAAAGAAAAAGCAAAGAGCCAGACUGAAUGAGGAAGAGGAAGACUUCAAAACUCAAAGCAUAAAAGACAGAGAGCUGUGUGGAAGAGGUGGAGGACUGAUGGACAAGAGUAAAGAAAAGAAAACAUGUAAAAGAAAGAGAGAGCAUUUGUGUUUGCUGUGUGGGAAGAGCUUUAGUACAGCUGGCCAUCUGAAGAUACACCACAUGAUUCACACUGGAGAAAAACCUCACAAGUGCUCAUACUGUGAGAAGAGUUUCAUUCAGCCAGGAACCUUGAAAAUCCAUGAGCGAAUUCACACUGGAGAAAAGUCGUAUCACUGUACUCAGUGUGGUCACGAUUUUAUAUCUGCAUCAGUUCUAAAACUACACAUGAGAGUUCACACAAAUGAGAAGCCUUAUGCGUGUCCAUUCUGUGGAAAGACUUUUACACGGUUUGAUCAUUGUAAACGGCACCAGAAAACACACACAGACAACAGAAAUCAUGUGUGUUUGGAGUGUGGGAUGAGCUUUAAUAGAGCUGAUUGUCUGAAGCAGCAUCAACGAGUUCACACUGGAGAAAAACCGUACAAGUGCUCAUAUUGUGAGAGAAGUUUCAGUCAGUCUGGAAACUUGACGUUACAUGAGCGAAUUCACACUGGAGAGAGGCCAUAUUACUGUCCUCCAUGUGACAGAGGAUUUAUAGAUUGUAAAAGGCUUGACAAUCACAUCAAAAAACAUCAUAAGUCAUCACGGUGAGGAUGACAAAUGCAUUAAUGUUUAUUAUUUAGUACAAAUUUUACUUAAUUCAGUAGAUUUAGUACUAGGUGAUUGGUUUUCAUCAUCUGUCAGGCUAAGUGUACUGAUCUCAAAUGAAUAUGUAGGUAUUGGACAUUGUUUACAUUUGAUGACUUGCUGUCAAUACUAGUUUUGUAUACCCUAUGAAACAAUAAAGACAUUUAAAUUGCA